AUGAGAAUGUUUGCGAACUAUGCUCUUGGCGUUUCAUACCUAAUGGUACUUCUACCAAGGGUACUUGCAGCUCCUCAUGUUCCUGGAUGUCACUACUUUCCUGGAGAUCGGCAAUGGCCUAGCCUGCAGCAGUGGCAGCAAUUCAAUCUAUCAAUUGAAGGGAACUUGAUUGCUGGAAGGCCACUUGCAGAUGUAUGUCAUGGUACCACCUACGACAAGGGUGAAUGUGUUGCAUUGAAAGCGAACUGGACUAAUUCACCAUCCUAUUUUGUUGACCCUGUCAAUGUUAUGUCGCCAUACUGGUUGAACAACUCCUGCAGCCCGUUUACAUCUCACAAUGCCUCAUGUACACUGGGAAACAUAGCAUCGUAUGCGAUCAAUGUCAGCUCUGUUGAAGAUGUACAAGCGGGAUUGAAUUUUGCCCAGGAUCACAAUAUUCGAGUCCAAGUGAAGAAUACCGGGCACGACUUCCUUGGUCGAUCAACUGGUGCGGGAUCCUUGGCUCUUUGGACCCAUAACUUGAAAGACAUCAGUUUCUUCAAUUAUUCAAGUCCAGGCUAUAACGGAUCGGCAGUAAAGCUUGGUGCAGGUGUUCAAGCGUUCGAAGUAUAUCAGGAAGCUGCUGAUAAUGGACUUCGAGUCACAGGUGGAUUUUGUCCGACCGUUGGAAUUACCGGUGGAUACGUUCAAAGCGGAGGCCAUGGUGCUCUAGAAGGUGUUUAUGGUCUCGCGGCAGACAACACACUGGAAUUUGAAGUUGUGACUCCCGAUGGAAGAUAUCUCGUUGCCAGUCCCACCGAGAAUGAGGAUCUAUAUUGGGCGUUGAAUGGAGGGGGCGGUGGUACAUAUGCUGUUGUUAUAUCACAAACCACCAAAGCCCAUCCAGACGGUAUCGUUGCCGGUGCAUCACUCACUUUCCAAAAUAAUGGUGACAAUGGCACAUACUGGGCGGCUGUGGAGGCAUGGCAUAAACGGCUCCUCGUUUGGGAUGAUCUUGCUGGAAUCAGCAAUUACUUCGGCAUCACUAGUGAUCUUUUCACACUUUACUCCGCUGCUUUACCCGAUCAACCAGAGUCUGCGAUCGCAGCACAAUUUGAUCCAUUCAUCCAGGAGCUGGAGAAACUGGGCCUUACCUAUACCUACGAGACAAACGAACAGCCGACUUACUAUGAUCACUUUGCCUACUACACGCCAGAUCUCCCCUACGGAGACUAUCCGACAAGCUCAACGAUCGGUGGAAGACUGAUUGCCCGAGACACUGUGCGUGAUAAUAUGUCUGGCUUGAUCGCUGCCUACCGCAAUAUCACUGCACUGCCAGGAUACCGUAUCAACGGCAUUGCUGCCAACGUCACACAUACUCGAGUAGGCAACACCCCCGCAUCGAAUGCUGUCGUUCCAGCUUGGCGUGAUGCGUUAUACUCUGCCAAUAUGGACGUCUACGUGGCCCCAUCUUUUCCACUCGACAUUUUACGCGAACACCAGGCACAGAUGAACCACAAUCAGGAUCUUUUAAGGUCUAUCACACCGAAUGGUGGUACGUACCUCAAUGAAGCGACCUUCGACAACCCGACCUGGAAGACAGACUAUUUUGGAAGCAAUUACCCUCGGUUACUGGAGAUUAAAAAGAAGUACGAUCCAAGAUUCGUGCUCUACGGACCAGCGUCUGUGGGAAGUGAGCACUGGAAGGUCGCUUCUGAUGGCAGACUUUGCCGGGCCGAUGCUUAA